UGGAUUAUUUACUACAAAGUCACGGAGAAAGAAUAUUUCUCUUUUUUUCAAAUUUGAUUUUAAUGCUUACUUUAGUAUAAAGCUUGGAGAUCAAGACAAAAAAUGGGCACCCCAAAUUAUUUGUCUAUUAUGCUACUCAAAUUUGACGGAGUGGCUAAAGGAUAAAGUUCGUUUGUUUAUAGGUGCAUCAAAAACGGAAAUUUGGCUGGAAUAUUUGUGCCAACUUUAAAGUUAUGAGACGUAUUGGGCGUACAAAGUGGCUACACAAAGUACUGCUGCUUUUUGUGCUUGUGGGACAGCCACGCUUAUAAGCAGCAUUAUUUACAGAAGCAGUGGUCGGUAAGAUCUGAGUAUGUCUCACAAAAACACAAUGUGAUUCAGAGCCCACCUUUCAAUACCUCAAAGAGACAUUUUCAAGGAUGAGUGAUGUCAAAACCAUAGAAAGAGUUUUUAUAAAACCUUAAACUAGACAUGUUUUAAUGAAUGACUCUAUGUUUACAUCAAAACUGGAUGAUUUGAAACAGACAACUUAGAACUCAUUAAAGGCCGUCGUUGAUGGAUUUUUUGGAAACAGGAAAUUGGACGACCACAGAGAACUGGUCAAGUGGUUUAUUAUGAACUAUGUGGCCAUCGGAACAAAAAGAUGUCAGUAUGAGAAUUCUCAUAUUGAAGUCUUUCCUGCAAAUUUAGUGUGGAGUUUCUAUUGCUAAUGAAUGUACUUUUCGUAAUCCAGAAUUUUGUAUCAAGUGAAAUAACUCAACUUAACAAAAGUUUGAUUGAAUCAAAGGUCUCUAAUGAGUCAAGUAUUCAAAACAUCAACAAAAGUUUAGAAAAAAUUUCAACUGAAAAGUCUUUCAAGAAAAUUGCAGUGAGCAAUAAACCUGAUGAGGCAGAAAACAAUUUAUUUUUUUUAAAUAAAUCACUUGAAAAUUUUUCAGAUGAACCAGAAUCUUUACUUCAACUUAAGAAUAUUAUUGCUGGUAUAAAGUUUUUUAACAAAACAGAUUUAAUCAAGCAUAUGAUAAAUAAUUUUAGUGAAGGAAUAAAUUUUAAUGAAAUAAAAAAAGAAAUAAUUGGAAAAGAGUCUGUAGAUGUAGAUGUAGAUAGUCUAAAUUUGUUAAAUGAAAAGUUGUUUGCAAGCAAAAGAUUUAUUCAAGAUGAUCACAAUAAUCUUCCAUUAGUAAAACUUAGAAAAUUGCAAAAAUUCUUUAGAAUUUCUCAAAUAUUACAAGAGAAAAAUAAGUCAUUUGAUCCUCAAAGUAGAGAAUCAGAUCAGUUAGGAAAAAAAAUUAAACUCCAACAAGUAAAAAAUACAAGCCUUUCAAAAUUUUUAUCUGAAUCACUUAUGAAAAAAGGACACAUUUUAGCUGAUUCUUCAAAAAGACAAAACACAUAUACCUACUUAAAUCUACCUUCAGUAAAUCAAAGUGGACAUGUUCUUCCCUCUUGUAGUUGUUUUAAAUCUGUUGUCUUAUGCAAUUGCUAUCGCUCAAUUACAUCCUACAAAAGUAUGUUUAAAGAGUGGAUAUGGGGAUAUUUAUUUUCAGGAUUUGCUGCAGACACAAUUAGCACAGCUAAUGUUGGUAUAAUUAUUGAUGAAUCAAUCGAUGGUCUGUUACUUUCUCUUACUCAGCGAUUUAUUUUUAACUUACUACUACUUUUGAAAAAAGAAUCCUAUAUUUCUAUUGCUACUGCUGGUAAAAGUAUAAAAUUGAUAAGUAGUUUUCAAACAUUUAAUAAUAUGGAUGAAGUUAAAGAAUAUCUGCUUAAAAUCAAUAAUGAUAAUUUACAGAUGACUGCUGAAGGUUUGCAGACAAACAAAAGUUUUCAAAUUAAUUCUGGCACUUCCCAAGUAAAUACCAGAAGUUCUCAGAUAAAUUCUGAUACUUUACAAACCAAUACUGGAAGUUCACAAAUAAAUACAGGAAUUUCACAAAUAAAUACAUCAAAUUCAAAAAAUAAUAUUGGAAAUUCACAAACCAAUAGUGAAAGUUCACAAAUCAAUACUGGAAGUUCACAAAUAAGUACUGGAAAUUUGCAAAUAAAUGCUGGAAGUUCACAAACUAGUAAUGAGAGUUCACAAAUAAAUACUGGAAGUUCACAAAUAUAUGCUGAAAGUUUACAAAUUAAUAUUAACAAUGUUUUAACACAGUAUUACUCAAGUUUUGAGAAAGUUCAGAAUAAUGGAAAUAAAAACAUUUUGUUUCUUUUUCUAAAUAAAAGAAAAAGUGAAAGUGAAAUAAAAAUAGAAAUUCAAUCAAAAUAUAGAGAUAUUAAUAUAUUUGUGAUAAAAUAUGGCUCACAGUCAUCAAUUUCGAAUCUUAAAUUUUUAACUAAUGAGUCCAAAAUUUUUAUAAUAAAUCUUUCAAAUGAAUUGCUUGAACAAAACAUGGUUGACAGUCUUAUGAAAUAUGAACCAGUUUUUCUUGCUAUCAAAAGAAGCAUUUAUAAAUUUUUAAGUUCUGAGGAUAAUCAAGGAAAUGGAUUAUCAGUUAAUCCAUCAUCUAAGUCUUCUCUGCAGUUAUCUUCAUCACUAUUUCAAUCAGAUUGGUGGUACAAAGAAUGGAACUGGAAUAAAUAUAUGAAAAAUCUGAACUAUGAAGGAAUUGGACCAACAAACUUAGCCUUUGUUGUAGAUGGGACUAACAGUCGCUAUAUAAUUUUUAUUCAACGACUAGUUUUUAACUAUAUCAGGUUAUUCCAACUUCAGGGAACUUUUGUUACAAUCGCAGUCUAUGGAAAGAGUUCAUAUGUUAUUACAAAAUGGAAAAUGUUUACUACUCCCCAGGAUGUUCAGAAAAGUUGUGAGUCUAUUCCCCUUAUACAAGGGCAUUUUCGAGAAACUGCUGAUGCAUUAGAAAAUAUCUAUUCAUUGUUUUUAACACAAAAAAAAAACAAUAAUAAUCCUUGUGUAUUGGUUCUUAUCGUUACUGGAUCUUCAGAAAAACACAAACAGUUAAAUGUAAUUGGAGGACAAAUCAGAGCGGCAGGAGUCAGGGUAUACACCAUGGCAAUUGCUUCUGGUAAAGCAUCAACCUAUCAAGAAAUUAAUGAAGUAGCAUAUUCAGAAAAAGAGCAGUAUGUUGGUUCUCCUAAUAAUCUGGUCACUAUGUUAAGUGCAGUGAAAUUAUCUCUAGUUGAAUUUAUUGGAAGAAGCCAAGUAAAAGAAAUUGAAAACUUGAAUGAAGGUUUUAGAAGGCUACAAACAUUGUGGAACUGGAGAUCUAUUUCAAAUAAUAUACAAUAUGGGUACAUAAGUCAAGCUAAUGUAGGCAUUCUUGUUGAUGGAACUAUUGAAGAAGAAUAUUUUGAUACAAUCCGAAGGUUAGUUUACAAUAUUAUGAAAUGCUACUCACUAGCAGGCACACACUUUAAUGUUGCAUCUUAUGCUACUUCAACCUAUGAAACAACUUCUUUUCGACAGUACAGAAGUGGUAAUGAUAUAAAAAAGUUUGCUAAGAUAAUUCCAAAACUUUAUUUUGGUAAACGAAAUACAGGUGGAGCCAUGUGGGCAAUGUUAAAUGCACUAAGUGAUGCUCCUCCAGAUAAUCCAAGUAUUGUCUAUAUUAUUACUGCUGGCCCAUCAGCAGAUGAUGUUAUUGCUCCUUCAAAAGCAUUUAGAAUGUAUGGUAUUAUAGCUUUUGCGUGCAGUUUAAAUGGUAGAACACCUAUGUCAGAAUUGUCUUCAAUGUCAUUUACUUCAAGUACUGUCUUCUCUAGUCCAUUUGAUGGUUUGAUAAAUCUAGUUAUUUCUAUGACAACUGCUGCUUCUGAAAUUAUUGGAACUGUAUCAAAGGCAUGCGGCCCAUCAGGCCAUUUAAUAAGUACAAAUACAGAUAUUAUGAGAUCAUGGCAAUGGCAAUCAGCAGAAACUUCUUUCUCCUAUUCAUCUGUUAAUCCUGCAGAAGUUGGUUUUCUGAUAGAUAGCACAAGCAGUAUACAUUUUGACCUCCUCCAAAAAUUUACUUACAACAUUUUCAAAUUAUUUGCUGAAAAUUCAACUGCUGCUAUAGUGACAUAUGGGGGUACAGUUGAUCUAAGUCUUGGAAUAUUCAGACAGUACACUGAUAACUAUGCACUACAAACUGCAUGCUCCACCAUCUUUUAUAAAGGAGAAGCUGGUCGACGAAUUGGCAGUGCUCUUUCAUCUUUUCAUAAACUUUUUCCUCGUGUUGGAAAAAAAAUAUUGUUUCUUAUUACCAUGGGUAAAUCAGAAGAUGAUGUAAAUAACUCUGCAAAACAAUUAGCAUUAUCAGGUGUUUCUAUUUUUACAAUUGGAAUUGGAGAAGAAGUAGAAAAGAAUGAACUGAAAUCCAUAUCCAGAUUUUAUUUGACAACAGACUGGAACAAUCUAAUCACUGUAGUUGCAAGCAUUCAAAAUUCUCUAACUAAAGUAUUUGGAAGUUCAGUGGCUUCAGUCGCACAAAAUGUCAAACUUUACGAUAAUGGUGUUUAUCUUGGAAAAAUGCCUCCAUUAAAUGAUCCAUGGGAUAAUGUUGUUUUUAAUAACGUGACUGAUUUGAAAUUAAAAUGGAAUUGGAAUAACUUACUGUCAAAAAUAAAAUAUGGAGCAUUAGAAGGUGCUAAUGUUGUUAUACUAGUUGAUGUUUCUAUAAGUGAGGAUCUUGGCAUCAUGCGUAGAUUUUUGUUUAAUAUUAUCAAGCUUUUCCAAGAAAGUGUUUCAACAUUCACAGUUGUUGGGUACAGCCAGAGUCCUAAUCUUGUAUUUGGUACUCGUAAAUUUAAUAGUGAUGUUCAAAUUAGGCGAUCCUUAGAAAAGCUAGAAAGCUCAUUUGUGAAAAAUCAAAAUUGCAACAUAGGUUCCUCUUUGGCGUACCUUAAAGAUGUUGUUUACAAAAAAAUCAUGCUCUUAACUACUAUGAACAGAAUUUUUGGUGUUUUAGUGUCCAGAUCUUCUUCAUCUGAUAAUAUUUUAGAGUACGCUGAUUCUAUAAAAGGAGCAGGAAUUACCAUGGUGGCAAUAGGUAUCGGUCAAAAAUAUAACGAAGAGGAGUUGAAGUUGAUUGCAACCAAUGGCCAACUUAUUAUGCAUAGUUCCAUAUCUGCGUUGCCUUCAUUAAUUUAUAACCUUCAGUUUAAGUUAGCAAUUGCAAUGAACAUACCAAAAAAUUUAACAACUAUUAAUCAAGCGACGCUUGUUAGAAGUGUUGAACAAAAAUUUGCUUUACUAAACUAAACGAAUUUUAGUCGUUUCCGUUAAUGAUAGAUGAUGAUUACAUGUUUUCCAUGGAAACAUUGUUUGGCAAAAAAACGAAUUGCGAACUAUGGAAUUAAAUUAAUUUCGAUUAAAUUUGAAAUUAAAUAUCGUGAUUUUUAUAAUUAUGUAAAUAUUGCUUAUGUAAAAUAUUUAUCAAUAUUUUUUUAUAAUUUAUGCUUUAUAUCCUCUCACAUCACAUGCAGCAAAAUUAACCCAGCCGUUUUUUUUUUUUUAAUAUUAGAAAUAUAUUUACUCUGUA